AUGGGGAACAACGAGAGCACCCCACUGCCUGCCGCGGCUGCGGGCGAUCCCUGUGCCGCCGCCCUGGAAGCGUAUCUUCAAUGUGUGGACAUCAAGACAACACAGCGAGGCGGGCUUCGGGACGGCGACGAGUGCGAACACGAGAUCGCAGCGUACAAGGAGUGCCGUCAGUUGCACAAGAAGAAGGUUGUCGCCGUGGCCGCCGCGGAGACACGGGACGUCAAACAGCCUCUCCCUCGAUAA